ACAUGAAUCGUUUGGACGACAAUCUGAUCCGAAUGCUGGCUCUUCAGCGAAUUCAACAGUUGAACAAUAAAAGUGUUGAAAGUAAUCAUAACGUCGGCGCCGGUGUUGGCGGCGGUCAACACAACUCGACCACAAUGUCAUCAUUUCAUACAACUAUUCGUCGCAUCGGUUUGAAUGACGUGAGGGCUCGAGCCGUGUUGUGUCCCAUUCUCAUCAAGUCUAGCACUGGCUCUUCGGGCACCGGACCUACAAUUGUCAUGUCAUACCGAACCCUCACUAUCGGCACCAGUAGUGAGAAUGAUGUAGUGUUAGGCGAUUACGGCCACUGCAACUUCGUGUCGCCCAAACACUUGGCCAUCUUCUACGACGAGACUUCGCGAAACUAUGAGCUGAUAAACUAUUCAGAACACGGAACUACUGUCGACAAUGUCUUGUAUUCGUGCGACUUCUCCGAUAAGAGAGUCCACAAUCCGAGGCAUUCAAACUCACAGACCGUUUCGACCGUCAAAGGGAUCAUUGAUUCAAAAAGGAAACGAAAAUCCCUUCAAAACAACAAACGGCCGAAGAAUUCAACUCAAGAGAAAUCCGCUGAGAAGUUGAGACCAAAGAAACGGAAAUCCAUUAAAACAGAAGAGAGU